AUGGUGGCCCAUACUACUAGUGAAAAAUUGAAUGUUUUUGAUGAGCCAAUUCUGGAUCACUCAUUAAUUAGUCUCCAUGAACACACAUACAAGCCAUAUGGUUCACCAUAUUAUAAAAAUUCAGACGAAAUUCGAAUUCCUAUCAACUUCCAAGAUUUGAUACUGGACAUCGCAGAAAGUUUCAUAUAUAUCGAAGGUAAAUUCACUCCUACUGAUUCUACCAAAGUUUGUUAUUUAUCUAAUAAUGCACUGGCAUUCCUCUUUGAUGAGAUUCGUUAUGAAAUGGGAGGUGAACAAGUAGCUGUAAUUCGAAAGCCUGGUAUAACUACUACAAUGAAAACUAUGAUUUCAUAUGGACAAACGCAUAUGACAUCGCUUCAAACUACUGGAUGGGGUCUCAAACAAGAAUCACAAGAUAUUUUGGACUCCCAAAGUCACAUCUUUAGUGGAAAAUUACCUUUGAAGUACCUGAUGGGCUUUGCUGAAGAUUACACCAAAGGAAUUCUGAAUGUAAAACAAGAGCUCAUACUUAUAAUUGCUCGCACAUUCAAAAACUCAUAUAUUGGAGAGGUUGAUGCUGAUUUGGAGAUUAGUAAGAUAGAAUGGAAAAUCAAACACAUCAUGCCAGAAGAUCGACAGAAGCUCAAAUUGCUCAAUCGAAUAAAUAAAACUAACACAGCUAAGGUCAAGUUAGCAUACCGAAUGUGGGAUCUGUAUGAAUUACCAUCACUUCGAGACACUGCCUCAGAUAUUUGGGCAAUAAAAACAACGAAUAGUCUCGAACGCCCUCGAUAUAUAAUUAUUGGAUUUCAACACACUAACGAUCUCAAUGAUAGAUCAAAAGAUGCAACAAAAUUCAAACAUGCUGAUGUUAACAAUAUUCGUCUAUAUCUCAACUCAGAAGUAUAUCCAUAUGAAAGGUGGAAUCUUGAUUUUGGUAAAAAGCUUUACUCACCAGCUUACUAUGCGUACGAACAAUUCCAGCGAAACUAUUAUGAUAAAGAUAUGAGUGAGCCCAUGAUGACCAUCGGAGAGUUUCGUGACAACCCCCUAUUCAUCAUUGACUGCUGUCAUCAACCGGAUGCUAUGAAGACUUCUACAGUGGACAUAAAAUUAGAAUUCGAGACUCGCAAAACCAAGUUUCCAGAAAAUACGAGAGUAUAUGCAUUAAUCAUACAUGACGCAUGUAUGACAUACAGCGCCCUAGAUGGCACUGUUCAAACGGGAUCUGUCUGA